AUGGCGCCGCACGACACGGAAUCACGGACCUCGGCGCUCGGCGCCAACGAUUACUUCACCGGUAGCUACGGUCGGCCAUCCACGAAGCCUUUCACAACGAAGGAAAAUGACGCAUAUCCAAUGGAAACUCCUGUGGAUAUUCGCCCGACACCGGACAGCCACCAUGGACUACUGAGCGAUCCCACCUUUAGUUCGGAAAAGGGCAGCGCGAAGGCAGGUGGGAAUUCUAUCCACCGCGUGGAGAAUGUGAGAUGGCGCCCGGUCUGGCUCCGACCAGUUACUCUAUCGACCUUCCUGGCGCUGUUCAUCGCCUUGACAAUCGCCCUUCCCGUGAUGCUUUGGUACUCGCAGGAGAACGAUGGCCUUGUCAGAACGAGACAGAAUCUUGUCUACUUGUGGCGAUUCGGCCCAACCGCAACCAUGCUGUCCCCCGCAAUUCUCUUUCAAUCCUUGAAAAGAAAGCAUUACUUCGUCUUCCUCAUCUGUUUUGUCUCUCUCAUCCUCAAAAUCCAGAUCGUUCUCGCGCCUUCCCUCUACAGCCUAGCCGCCAUCCGAGUCUCCGAACCGGCCGAAGUCCAAGUCCUCAACUCCUUCAACACAACCGCUCCGGCGACGACUUAUACAGAAGGAAGCGCUUACUACACGGCGAAGGCUCUCGUCAACUUCGACAUGCGCUUCCCCUUUGGCGUCAAUGGGAACCUUGCAUAUCAGACCUUCAAAUUCAGCAACGGCACCGCGCGCGGGACGACCAGCUCACCCUUGAGCGUCGACGUCGACGGCUACUUUUCGAAAAUCGAGUGCCUGAAGAUGGAGGACUACACCGCGUCCGCACCAGUCGUCUCCAGCUUCAAUUACCACACAUUCAACGUCAGUCUUACGUUUCCGGGCUGCGACGCCCAGGUGCCUGUGAUUAGCGACAGGAUCCUAUGGGACAAGAACAAGACUGCGAAAGGACAGACUACCGGAAACUGGGUGGUCACCAAUUCGGUUGGCAAGCCUUGUCCGAACUUGCCGCAGCAGUUCAACCAGUCGCUUUACUACGCGGCGAGAUUCGGGGGCUCGACCAAGAAUGCAUCGCAGCCGGACUUCCUUAACGUUGCAGCGGUGCUCUGCACGUCUACCGGCUGGGUGUCAAAGGUCAGAGUCGUCGACGACGGUGUCAGCCCUAACGUUACAGAGUUGGCAAACGUAGUAAAGACGCCUGUCACUGCUGACCUAUGGACGAUGCUCAACUCGGCCAUGCCCGAGGCUGGUGGUCGUUGGGGCACGACGGGUGUUGGCAUGGUCGCAGGGCCGGUUGAUUCUCUCUCCCAAUUCAGAGGGGAAUCGCUCGCAGUGGCAGUGAACGUCUCGAAUCCGUUAUUAUACACCAACGAGAUCCUCCAGUUCGCGGUAUUGAAUAUGUCCCAAGCCCUUGGACCCCUGCUUGGACACUAUCGACUUCGGGUCGAUGACGAGUCCCAACUAGCUGUGACCGGGUCUACCGUCGACAGCGUCAGCAAGCUGGUUGUCAAUCAAUGGGUCUGCUGGACCAUGGCAGCGCUGUUUGCUCUGCUCAGUCUUGUGGUUGCAUCAGUAUUGCUUCGGCACACGAGUCGCACUGCGGUCUGGUUCAGAGACCCCGCGACGAUUCUCGGCAACAUGAUCUUCUUCAAAGAACAUCCUGACCUCGCGGACCGCGUUGCCCAUACUCUGGUCAUGCUCGGCGUCUCCCUGUACACAAGCUGCUGCGACUUCGCCUACAGGGGCUUAGCUAUCCUCUCGUGUCUUUCUACUCGCUCGUGCAGUGCGAGGGAUCUCGAUGUUUCCUUGAUGGAUAUGCUGGGCCUUCGAGCCCUCUACCUUUCUCUAAGGAAGCGCGUCUGGGCCGUGACAUUGUCACAAUCACUCGCGAUUACUUGCGCCUUCCUUACGACAUUAGUAUCUGUCAUUUUCACGGUCGAGUCUAUUCCCGACUCCCACAACAUCCAGCUCCAACAGGAAAGUUGGUUUGGCUCGACAGAGAUUGGGAGAGGGCUUGACGGACUAUCUCUUUCGAGGAGCAACCGGCAACUCCUGAGCAGUCUUGUGACCAGACAAGGUGAAGCGUCGCUGGCGUACCCAAAGAACACCUACGAUGACCUUGUGUUCCCGGUCCUUGGUGGUGUUGACACGGUUCCAGUAUCACCAAACACAACAAUUACAGCCACGGUGCCGGCGGCAAAGCUGCACCCGAUGGAAUGCUUCAAUGUGCCCGACUCAGAGUACAAUAUCAACAUCACCAACUGGGUAGAAGAGACAAAGUACUACGAAGCCAUAAUCACUCAGCCGUUUAGCUGCCCCAAUGGCUCCACAGCUGCGUUGUUGAACCGCUUGGACAUGGGCGUCGCUACGAAUCGACUUGGUGUCUCGUACAUGGCGGAUGUCUUCUAUUCUCCGCAAAACACGGCCGAUAUCAAUAUGGCCUGUAGUCUAGGCGUCAACGCCACUGACUACGAGUACGCAUCAUGGAGAUAUCAGACGUACGCUUGGGGCAAGUUCUCGACGGAAAAGAAUGGCUUCGAUUACUUCUCAAUGUGGAGAUGCAACUACACCUGGGUCGAAGCAACCACGCAGGUUCAUCUGGCCGCGAAUGAUGGCGAGUACGUCUUGGACCCCGAAAGACCGCCUCAAGCAGAUCUGUCUACGAUCAAGCCAUGGACGCCUACUCUCGACAUACCCCAUGUCGAUCAACAAUUCAUCAACAUCCAAGUUGGCGAUGCCUAUCCCCAACUAGCCGUCGCCGACUUGCUUGCUGGUUGGAUCGGCGAACAGUUCAAAGCGUUGAUAGAGCCGUUUGGAAAGCUUCCUCUCGAAGCACUCGGAGACGCAGGCCAGGAUGAAGAGAUCCUGCAGGGCCUCCAACACAACUACGGUCUUGUCGCCGCGCAGCUGGUCAACAUCGAAAACCGAUACAACCUGACAGCACGCUCCAGGAACGCGGCGCCACCUGACCAGCUUCCAACUUUAGAAGCAGUCGUCAGCGACAAUGGGAGACGUCGCCUGGUGCAGAACGCAACAGUCACGUACAUCUUGGUUGCGAUCCUCGUAGCCGUGGCGUUGACUCACAUUUCCGCGGUACUUUCAGUGGUAACUAAGCGAAUGGUGGGCAGGAAUUGGCCAUUCCACUUGGAUGUCAAGGGUCUGGCUCCUGAUGGGUUUCACAGCAUGGCGACCAUGGGUGCACUGUUGCGAGGGUCCAAUGCGUCAGAUAAUCUGCCGGAGAGCACCCAGUUGUUGUCGACAGACGAGCUUCAUGGCAGGCUAUCCGAUCUAAAUUUCCGGCUGGGAUGGUUCCAGCGUGCGUUGGGGCAAGCAAGAGUGUUCACGAUUGGGGUCAGAGGGGAUGGUGACUUUCAGUACUUGGGCGGCAAGACGGCCAAGGUCGAUGAUGGAGGAACGCUCUAA